AGUGAAGAAGAAGCAGAAGAAGAGAGGCAGGUGGCCUUCUCUCUCUUUCUCUCUCUACUCUCUCUCUCUCUCUCUAAACCCAUUUCAUACAUACACCCCCAAGUGUAUCUAUACAUACACCUAUAUAUAUGUACAAUACAGUCAAAUCAAAGUCAAUUUUCAAUUUCACUCAAAACCAUGUUUUGUUUCUGAUGAUUUGUAUGUAAAGAUUUGAUUUUUAACAAAACCCAGAAAGAAUCUUGUCUAAAAAUGGCAGAAUUCAAGUCAAAAAGCAAUAACAAAUCAAGAUUAACACUAAAAACCCUACCUUUUUUCUUUGAUCAAAACAAGCAACCAAAGAGAUUCAGGGAGCAAAACGGCGUCGUAGGGCUGGGGAUUGUGGUUGCUUUGAAUGAUGAGUCAUCGGGUCAUAAUACCCAGAACCCGGUUUUUUCAGUUUCACCAAGAUCCGACCCGAUUCCGAUAUUUAGCAAAAGACCCGGUUUAGAAGAUGUGGAGAUUGAGUUGUUGGAGGAGUACACGUGUGUGAUUUCGCACGUGGGGAAUAAUAUGGUGAAGAAAAGAGAGUAUUUUGAUGAUGGGUUUAAGAGAAAGAGUCUUGUUAGUGAUUGGGUUAGCACUCAUGGUGGUGGUGGUGGUUGUUAUGGUGGUGGGGUGUUUUGUUCACCGUCACCUCCGGUGGUUUGUGGUGGUGGUGGUGGGGGUGGGGUGGUGUUUGAUGAGGUGGAUUUCUUGAGUUGUUGUAAUCUUUGCAAGAAGAAGCUUCAUGGGUUGGAUAUAUUCAUGUAUAGAGGUGAGAAAGCAUUUUGCAGCGAAGAAUGCCGGUACCAGCAGAUCUCCAUUGAUGAACACAAAGAAAAGUAUGCAUCAAGGGUGAAGAAACAGCCCGAAUAUGUCGAGACGCUAUGCUCCAGUCCUAUGCAGCUUCCUGCCGGGAUGGCUGUAGCAUAAGCGAAUACGUUGCGCCUCUAUGCUCUAGUCCUAUGCAGUUUCAUGCCGGGAUGGCUGGAGCAUAGAGGUUUUUUAUCAGUAUACGUAUCUUUAUACAUAUAUAUAGAUAUAAAUAACAAAAUUGUAAUACGAAGUUUGGCUCAAAUAUGAACCCGAAAUAAGUUAUUUACCUUGGGGCGGCGGAAAGAACAAUGAACAAUGGUAAUGAGGGGAGUCUAAGGUGAAAGAGGGGUUUUGGGGUAGUAUUAUUGUUUAUAUAACAAGGAAGUUUUGUUGAAGAGUAUGGUUGUUUGUACUUUGUAGCUUGUAACGAAUGAUUCGCGAUUUUGAUGUAUCCGGUACAACUAGUCGCGCAUGAUGUACAACCCAUUGAGUCAUGUGUUACCAACUUCUGAGUUUGUUUGGCACCUUGCUUUGUUGUUAUAAUGUGGUUUAACCAAUGGUACUUCUAUCGAUUAAUAUAAUUGCGCGUUUUAGAUUAA